CAACAAUGUAUAAUCUUCGAUGAUACUAACUAUGCACGCUGGCGAUUGAACUAGAACGAAAACGAAUAUUCUUCUUGUAGCCUCGUGGGAAUUCUAGCUGUGAUGCUGCAGUGUAUGAUCUCAUUAUGAGUUGACAACUGCCUGAGUGCAUAAAGAUUCGACAUAUGGCUUCCUCCAGAAUUGCAGCAUCCCCCUCUUCUUCUUCUUCGUAUGCGUAGAAAUUUCGCAAAGCCAAGUCCGUCGCUCUUGUGAAGCGAUUGGUGAACGAACGAAGUGCGGGGGAGCGGUGCCUGGUAUUUUUUGGAUGAACUUCUAAUGCAAGGAAUUGGAAUGGUAUGCUGCUUCUGAACUUUUAAUGCAAGGAGCAAUGCCAUCACGUCUGAUGUGAUGCAAAGGGAAGCGCGUUCUACUUCCAUUUUCCAUUCCUCGGAGUCAGUGAAGUGAAAGCGAUAAGUGACAUCUUGUGUAACAAGUACGCAAAAUUGUCAGGUGUUGCGGUCGUGCACCAACCAAAACGUUUUGAAGUCGCAACUACUUCGACAGAUACAACGACUACACCUGGAGCGGUACGAGCAUUUUUUUAGGACGAUUCGAGCCACAGCCUAAACCCACAAGCACGACCACGGGGACAACCUCCGGGUGGAUUUCGAGUUCGAAUUUUUGUUCAGGAAACUGAAUAACCAGGGCUGAUUGGACAGCUGUCACCACGACACCAGCUGCUACACGAAACAGUUCAGCCUUCCCUAAAUCUCGGCGCGGCUGGCCUCGGCGAGGACUAAAUCGGUAAAUUGAUUUGAAGAUUUUAGAUCGGCUGACCAUACAGCCAGUAAGAGGAGAAGUUCUGUUUUGUAUUGUUCUGAACCUUGCACAGAACAACCUAAACCACAGAGAGCUGCACAGUUCUUCAUGUACAUGCGAGAUGUCGAAUGAGAAAUCAAAAGCUCACAUCAACACCAACAACAACAAGACAGGCAUCUUCACCAGCAGUCGGCAAAAACAAGUAUUCCUCCUGCCGCACCGUGUACGCUUUGAAGAAACCGCAUCUCGAGUGCUGGGCCAUGAACAGCCGCGGGGGAAUAUCAAUUGCAAGAGUAUCUGGGUCGUAGUUGUAAUUCCAGUGCGAGUUGUACUGCACGAGCAAGAGCAUGAGAAAUCUGGUUUGUUCUUAGGUAAAUUCAGCAUGACACAUUCCGCUUUGUGUCAUGCUGAGCGUGUUUGCAGUCGCAGUGUACUAUGCUGGUACGCCAUAGCCAUUAUUCACAACUAGUUGCACGUCGCGCGAUACUUUUGCAAUGCAUACAGGGCGGGCGGCGGCGGUUUUAACAACAGCGCCGGUACUGGAACUGGUAACGACAUUAAGAUGGAGGAUUCGGGGGAUUUCUCCUCGCAGGAGCAGCACGGCUCGGUGAUGGCGGAUCAAAUUGGAUACGGUUUCGGCGGUUUUCAACCACAACUACAAGCCGUAUCGACUGCAAAUAUGUCUUGAUGUGGACGAAUGAAUAUGAUGCAAACUUGUGCCCACGGUCCGAUCUCCUGUCAGUCAUGCAAAAGUGUGUCAACUGCAUGUGCGAGUUAGUAGAAAGUAUGGCUGUUCACUUCAUCCGGCAACCUUGAGAGGAGAUUUCUCAUGCGGAGUAGGUAUCGUCUGGUAUUCUAUUGCAAAACUAAAGUUCUUGCAAGACCUCUGACGUAGACCUUCGUGUUUAUGCAGACCUCGCAAUUGUUCCUAUUCCUCCCGACCCAGACAUAGUUGCAAGGCAUAUGCCACCACCAGUGAAGAGGAGAGUUUGAAGAAGAAAAUGACUUCGAAAGAGAAGCAGGAAGUCCUCGACGCGGCUGAACAGCACAAGCAGAAACUCAACCGAAACCAACAGAAGUUGUUUGAGAAGGUGCUCGAAAAGCAGUCGGGGAACAAUCUACCAGUACGGAAAAAGAACAAAAAGGACAGGCGGAAACGGAGAGGGCGGCGAUCCGGGUCUUUCUCCGAGUGGGUAACCGAGCCGCGGGACCCCGCACUGCUGCAGCCGUACCACUACCCAGCGAUCGGGUCGUCGUCAUCAUCUUCAACUACUGCUGCAUCUUCCACACUCUUUACCGGCCACACCUCCAAGAAAAAAGAGCUGCGACUGCGGGAGGCCUGUUUCGAGCGGGUCGCGGAAAAACAGGACAAGCCAGGCGCUGGGGUCAAAAUCGAGGUGGUGACCGUCCCGGAAGCAUGGGUCGGACGGGCCACCAUGCAAAAAAUCGCGUCGGGGAGUUACGGAAAAGUGUACAGAGUAGCGAUGCAACAGCCCGAGAACGAGAAGUCGAAGUAUGGGACUCUCAAGCGUCACAUUCCCAACUUGCUUUACAUGAUUUGAUGUCAUGGAAAAUUUAUAACCAUCAGUUCAGCAUCUUCGACACGGUCAAGGUAUUUCGCAUGACAAAUUAUGGAACAGCCAAACAGUAUGGAGGUCCGUGCCAAAUCUGUAAUGCAAGAAGCGAACGGUCUUCCGGGAAGAUCCCUUUCCCUUUCGCUGCUCCGAUUCUCGCAUCACAAAUCCAUGUCACAGCCGUUGAGAGCGUAGCGUUUGAGAACACCAUACGAAGUCGAAAUCUCCUUCCUCUUCCUCUGCGGUACAACUACCUCUUGCUCCAAUCGAAUUCGCGGUUAAGCGGGUGCCGAAUUUCCGCCCGAAAUCAAAAAACCAAGUAAAAAGGGAAGAGCGGAAGAAGGCGGAAAAAAAGAAAGAGC